AUGGCCGCCGCCGCCCGCAUGCUCAGACAUGCGUUGCCUGUGUCCCAGGGCCAGGCUUUGCCAGCCCCAGGGACAGAGGCACCCUACGCGGGCUCGCGCAGACUCGCGCAACGAUACGAGUACAAGGGCACUUCCUUUUCGGGCAUGGUGGAACUCCAUCCUCAGCGCCUGCUGACUCGGGAGGAGUUCAAGACGAACUUGCUGGCAGCACCAGGCGUGCUGAAGGUCGUGGACAAGAGCUCCAAGACCUCGCAGGGCAACCGAGGCGACCACGUCUUCGAGCAGAACCUGGAAGUCCACCUGCACCGCGAGCCCCAUGUAGCUCUGGAGUUCGAGAUCACGCGGAACAACCACAUGAAGCACAUGGAGGGGCGCCCUUACACUGUGACAGCGAUGUUCAAGGACCCCCCCAAACGGCAUUGCGCGGCGGCGUGGCGCGUGCCCUUGCACGCCGUCAAGGGCCGGGAGCUCCUUCCACAGCAUGCCCGCGACUACUGCAAGAGCUGCCUGACGAGACACGGUACCUGGGAAGACGACGCGCUCCCAGAGGGCCUGGAGGGGAUCCCGUUUGAGCCAGGCUUUGCCAGUCCUGCGGGGUCUUCCAGCUCUCCGACGCAGGCGCCAGGCCUUCCAACAGCGCCAGGCCUUGCCAGCUCUCCGACGCAGGCACCGAGUCGCAAGCCAACGUUCCCGUAUCCUUUCCAGGACGCUCCCGCGAUGCCCGGGGGCCAGGCGACCGUCUCUGCGGCGCGAGUGGAACCCUGCCCCACCGAGUCGGCCUCAAUGAGUCAGGGUGGCCGCGGGGUCCCGCUUGAGCCAGGCUUUGCCAGUUCUGCGGGGGUGGAAGCUUCAAUAAAUCAGGGCGGCGCGACCGGGCCUCCUGCCAAGACGAGUAAAGCGGCGCCCGGGGGUGCCGCGAUCGCCCCUGCGGCGCAGGUGAGCGGAGGGGCGCGCCGGGCCUCCUGCCCGGAGGGCCUCAACCAUUGCGAGGCUGGGGUCACGGAGCUGAGAGCGUUCGAGCGGGACGGGAACAUUGCAUCGGUGGUCAAGGCCCAGGACCUUCUGCUCAAGGGGAUCGAGCGCAUCUCGGACGUCUUGCCUGAGGGGCGCGAUUUGGACGGCACCGAGUACGAGACGCUAGGUGCGGAGUUCAACCGCUUCGCGGAGAUCGCGGAGGAUGCGCGCGUGCGCAUGCGGACCGAAUUGGAGGCGGCAAGGACGCCAGCGGGCGGGGAGCAAGCGGUGGCAGGCGAAACCCAGGGGUCGGGGCCAGGCCUUGCCAGCCCGGCGACCCAGGGGCAGAAGAACGAGGACAAGGCGGAUGCGGAGAAGACGCCGCCAGGGUUCGACCCCGAAGCCGAUUGGACAGAGAAUGCGGCGGACGUGCACCAGUUCGACAUCACGGCUGACCUGUGCGAGGAGUUGGCCGAGAUGCCCGAUGGGGGCCCGGCCGCCGCCCGUGAGUCCAGGGAGGUCCGCGCUGCACUCGGCGCCAAAGUUCUUCCCAUCCCGGAUUUUUUGAAGCUUGUGCAGGGUCAGCCGAUGGCCAGCAACGCCGCCCUGGACGAUGUUCGUGCUAUGAAGAGUCGCGGUGUGGAGCACGUGCGGCACCGCGUCAUCGAUGCGCCCGACGAUCCCGAGGUGCAGGACAACAUCGACAGGAUGCGCCGCGAGGCCUGGGAAAAGCACGAGGAGCGUCGGAGGACAUGCGCCCGUGGCCUGGACACGCGGGACAUGUUCUUGGGCCGCGAACUGGUGUACGUCAAGCUGGUCAGUGCUGGCGCGGUGCCCAUGACUCCGAACGAGUUUUUGAACGCGGCGUCUAAGAGGUCUCUCUGCGUCAAGGAUCUGUCGCAGCCACCUCCAAACACGCAGGCGCGGGAGGGCCGCUUGCGCAUGCUCGCGCUGCGGGAGCAUUACCAGACGUUGUUCAAGGAGCUCCCGGAUAAGGCAGCCCAGAAGUUUUCGCCGAACCAGCUGGGGGACGACGACGGACCAUCGAAAGCGCUGGUGGGUUUGGUCAAUCACCACUCUGGCGAGGUGGUGGAGCUGGACGGGUGCAGAACGCAGUGGUGCCUUCGCAAGGGGCGGUGCGAGUACGGCCGGUGCGGGUCCGAGCUCUUCGCCAAAGCCGUCGACGCACAGGCCCAGCGCGAAGCCGCCGCCGUGAACGAGGGCGAGGACAUCAACCCACAGGUCUACGUGCCCGCCUGGGCCCACCAGUGGAGCAGGGUAUGCGUUCCGUGCGAGGCGGUCGAGACGCGCGAGUGGUGUCGGCAGAGCCCCGUCACGACGCUGGGGGAGCUCUUCUGGGACUUGGGCCGGACGCACACGGCCAAGGCCAUCUACGCCUUCUACAGGACGCUCCGGCCGGUCGCGUUGAAGAGGGACAAGAACAGUUCCACCAAGGCGAGCAGCGCGCCAGGCUUUGCCAGCGCAUCUCGGCCAGCCGGGUCGGCAGCUGCUUUCGGUUUCACAGGGUCCGACCUCCAGGCGCCCCGCAUCCGCGCAGAUUACUCGUGCACGGCGACCAACCGCGAGGUGCUCGUGGAGGACUACAUAGAGGCGGUGGGCUUGUCCACAGCGUACGUCAGCUCCAAGACCAAGCAAGAGUUGCUGGACGAGGCUGUGAAGUGCGUGGCGUUGGUGUUGCUUCGGGACAUGCGCCCGCCGUGGCUGGAUCACGUGUUCCCCCAGGCCUUGCCAGGGGAUGGCUUGUUGUCCAAGUUCACCAGACCGUCUUUCCUCUACUGGGACGCCAGCUUCCUCGACAUGCUUUUCGGCACCGCUCUGGGAAGCGAUCUCAACGACCAAGCGGUCAGCGUCGACAACCAGCUGGCGGGUGUCAUCGCGCGCCCCCUGUAUAAGUGCACGCAGAUCGUCGACGCCAGCACCGGAGCAGCGUGCAUGAACGUCGCGUCGAUGUCAAGGCUUUUGCGGGACACCGCGGGUCGGGGCCACUACACGUGCAAGGAGUGUGCUGAGAGGAAACAGGGCGCCGAUGAGACGCCGGGCUUUCCCGGUGUUGCCCUUCGCGCCCUGUACUUGUACCCCGCGGUGUUCGGGCCGGAUGGCGAGCCCACGCCGCUUCGCGCGAUGGCGCCCCAUCGCGUGUUCGCGCACGCGCUUCCGGAGAAUUGGGGGCGGGGCGUCGAGCGAGUCCAGCGCCACGUGGUGACCCAGGCGAACCCCGCGAUAUCCACGGCCACGCCGACAUGGUACACUUACAACGCGGAGGAGAGCGAGGCAAUUUGGAUCGCAUCCAGUGCGUACACGGCCACGCCGCCGAGCAAGACGUGA